AACAGGUCUUACGGUUCUUACCAGGAAGAGGAUUAUCUCCUUGCUUUCGUUCUCUCUUCUGUCUUUCUAAAGAAAACAAAGAAUCUAUAAAGAACAAAUACAGCAAAUAAAUGUUUAACUAUUUAUUUCUGAAAAGACAUCAGAUCUUUGGGAUUUAUUAGAUUUUGAAGCAUUUCUCAGAAAGUGAAUGUGAAGUUCAGACUCCUGGAGCUCAGAGUAAAAUGGCUUCACCAAAUGUAUCUGCAGAAGAACUUUCUUGUCCCGUUUGCCGUGGAAUUUUCAAGGAUCCCGUUCUUUUAUCAUGUGGUCACAGCGUCUGCAAAGAGUGUCUUCAGCAGUUCUGGAGAACCAAGGAAACUCAAGAAUGUCCCAUCUGCAGGAGAAGAUCCUCGAAAGACGAUCCUCCUCCUAAUUUCGCACUGAAACACUUAUGCGAUUCAUUCCUGAAGCAGAGAAACGAGAGGUGUUCUUCGGGAUCUGAGGAGAUCUGUAGUUUACACGGUGAGAAACUUGAUCUCUUCUGUCUGGAGGACAAAGAGCUGGUGUGUUUGGCGUGCAGAGAUUCUCAAAAAUGCAUCAAUCACAUGUUCAGACCUAUCGGUGAAGUCAUUCCAUCAUAUAAGGAGGAGCUCAAUACAGCACUGAAGUCCUUACGGGACAAAAUUCAACAGAAUGAAAACAUUAAAGAAGAGUAUGAAGAAAUAGUUCAACACAUCAAGCAUCAAGCUGAGAGUGCAGAGCAUCAGAUUAAACAGCAGUUUGAGAAGCUUCAUCAGUUUCUCAGGGAUGAAGAAGAAGCUACAAUCGCUGCACUGAGGGAGGAAGAGGAGCAGAAGGAGGAGAUGAUGAAGGAGAAGCUGGAGGAGAUCAACAGACACAUCUCAGCUCUUUUAGAGACAAUCAGUGACACAGAGGAGAUGAUGAAAGCAUCUGAUGUCUGUUUUCUAAAGGAGUUUCCGGUCUCAAUGGAAAGAGUCCAGAUCUCAUCACAGCCGGAUCCACAGACACUUUCUGGAGCAUUGGUUCAUGUGCCACGAUACUUGGGCAACCUGACCUUCAGAGUCUGGAAGAAGAUGCAGGACAUCGUCCAAAACACUCCUGUGAUUCUGGAUCCGAACACGGCUCAUCCAGAUCUCAUUCUGUCUGGCGAUCUGACCAGCGUGAGAUACAGCAAGAACAGUCAGUCUCUCCCCGAUAACCCAGAAAGAUUUGACUAUCAUUUCUGUGUUCUGGGAUCUGAGGGUUUUGACUCAGGAACACACUGCUGGGAUGUGGAGGUUAAAGAGAGCCCGGUCUGGAGACUGGGAGUAACUACAGAAUUCAACCAGAGGAAGGGACGCGAUUUCUACGACACCAGUGUCUGGUUUGCGCAGCACGGACGGACUUUCAGCUCUGGUUUUCCCGUUAAUCGACAGCUUGAUCGUGUGAGAGUGUAUCUGGACUGUGACGGAGGAACGUUGUCAUUCUCUGAUCCUGUAACUAACACACAUCUACACACAUUCACAACCACCUUCGCUCACACACUCUUCCCAUUCAUCAGUUGUUCUUCCUUUCUGAGGAUCUUACCGAUCAAUAGUCAGUAAAAGUUACUUUUGUAGAUCUGGAAGUUCUUGCUUUCAUAAUAUUUCCUAUAUUGAAUCCAUUUCGGUGAGAGUGCUGUCAAUCUAAACGUCAGUACAGCUGUGAUUGAGUCAUGAUGAUCACAUGACUGAUAUCCAACACUACAACAAUCAGGGUCUUAAGAUCAAAUAAGCCAAUUGGGUUCUUGAAAAUCUUGCAUAUUGAUAGACAAUAUAGUAAUAUAUUAAACAGUUAUUAAUCAUAUACCCUUAAUAAGAGGGUUUCCAUUAAGAGAAAACUUUACUUUCACAGUACUUUUUUUUUUUAAAUGUCCAAUGAUUGCUUCACGCCCCUUUUUCGGAGGAAUGCCUUCAUCUUAAAAAUGACAAGUAAACUUGCUGCGAAUCAACGAGUCUAUUCCAUAACAGAAAUGUUAUCAGUCACUCAGUAUGUACUUUACAUUAUAAAUGCAUCCAUUUUGUAGUGAGAGCCCGCCCACACACGCUUCUGAUUGGCUGUGAUAUUUGAUUGAUUGCGUCGCACUUGAACUCAUCGCGUGUAGUUGGGACAUGGUGUUAGAAACCUUUAUGACGUUAGUGUACUUCCGUCAAGAUCUUCCGUCCGAAAAAGUGUGUCAUGCAUUUAGAGACUGUUAUAUUUGUAGAAAUGUAAGGUCAUUAGUGUCGCGUCAUGGUGCUUGUUUUGUUUUAUGUUCUUAUUUAAAGUGCAUCUAACUUUCUUCAUAGUUUUAAUAUAUAGUGAGUCAUCCUUUAAUUAUUAAAAUGUGUAUUUUUUUUUAACAAGAACUGAGUUUGUGAAGUAAUUGCUACAGAAUUCUUCGUGGCUUUGUGAAUUUUAUUUCCAAAAACUAUUGGCACAUUGUCAGACCUCGUUUUUCAUCAUAGAUUCUCUGCCCUUCUAAAACAAAUGAAAGGGAUUGUUUUUUCUUUAAUUCAGUUAUUACAUAACUGUUAUGUAAUGUAACAUGAAUGUAAAACAAUGAAUCUUUCCUAUUCUUUUUCUUCA